AUGGAUCACCCUGUACCUUCCAACAAUGUGACAGAAUUUAUUCUCUUAGGGCUCACACAGAAUCCAUACUGGCAGAAAAUACUAUUCAUUGUGUUUCUGUUCAUUUUCCUGUUCACCGUGUUGGCCAACCUGCUCAUUGUAAUAACCAUCUCCCUCAGCCCCACACUUUCUGCACCUAUGUACUUCUUUCUCACUUUUUUGUCCUUCAUCGAUGCCUUCUACACCUGUGUCACCACCCCCAAAAUGAUCAUCGACCUGUUGUUACAGAGAAGAACCAUCUCCCUAGCUAGCUGCUUGACCCAGCUCUUUGUGGAGCACUUCUUGGGGGGCUCAGAGAUCAUCCUUCUUAUUGUCAUGGCCUAUGACCGCUAUGUGGCCAUCUGCAAACCCCUGCACUACAUGACCAUCAUGCGCCAGGGUCUUUGUCGCCUCCUAGUGGCGGUGGCCUGGAUUGGGGGCAUCGUGCAUGCUACUGUGCAGAUUCUUUUCAUGGCCAAUUUGCCUUUCUGUGGCCCCAACGUCAUUGAUCACUUCAUGUGUGACCUCUUUCCGCUAUUGAAACUUGCCUGCAGGGACACGUAUACGCUGGGAAUAGUGGUGGCUUCUAACAGUGGAGCCAUGUGCUUGCUCAUUCUGUCUAUGCUGCUCAUCUCCUACAUAGUCAUCUUGAACUCCCUCAAGUCCCAUGCCUCUGAAAGCCGGCGCAAAGCACUUUCCACCUGUAUCUCUCACUUUGCUGUAGUUGUACUCUUUUUUGUGCCUUGCAUAUUCACCUACCUGCGCCCUGUAGCCACCUACUCUGUGGACAAGUUGGUGACCGUGUUCUUCGCCAUAUUCACCCCCAUGUUAAACCCUGUUAUUUACACUGUGAGAAACACGGAAGUGAAAAAUGCUAUGAAAAACUUGUGGAAAAGGAUAGUAACUUAG